AUGGCUUCCAUUCCUCUUCUCCGUUUCACUCCGACUACCCCUCGCCUUCUUCCCCACCCACUCAACGUCAAUUUCCUCCAAACCCGUAUUCAAACCCGAACCCGUAUCCACACAAAACCCGCUUCCAUCUCCGCCUCUUACAACCCAAUCCCCGCCACUGACCGCCUUAUCUCCGCCGUCGCUUACUUUCUCCCCUUCUUCAACGGCCUUCAAUACGGCCGUUUCCUUUUCGCUCAAUUCCCAACCCUAGCUCUUCCAUUUCAACCAAUUCUCCCACUUCUAUCACUCUACCGCUCUCUCCCUUACGCUAGCUUCGUCACUUUCUUUGCUCUCUACUUAGGUAUUGCUCGGAAUGAGAAUCUGAACAAGUACCCCCGGUUCAACGCCCUGCAAGCGGUGGUGCUCGACGUUCUACUGGUGCUUCCGAUGUUGAUUCAGAGGAUUUUCUCACCGGGUCAAUCGGGUAUUGGGCUGAAAUUUACGGUUUGGAUGCAUAAUGGGCUUUUUGUGUUUGUUGUGGGCUGUUUUGUUUAUGGACUUGUUUCUUCUAUACUUGGAAAAACUCCUUAUUUGCCUUUUGUUACUGAAGCUGCUAAUAGGCAAAUGUAGUUUUUUUUUUUUUUUU